AAUGCAAUCACAUUCAUUGUGUCAUUCUUUUCUCAAUAUGGCAGGUACAAUUUCCUCAACUUAGGUGGAUGGAUCUCUCCCACAUGGACAAUUUAAGCAAAAUAUGGAUUGACGGUCCUCAAGAAACUCUGACUUUUGAUUGUUUAAGAGAAGUGGAGGUUCGGAACUGUAAGAGCCUUCAAACUUUGUUUCCGUAUUGGGUGGCUACAAGUUUAACCAAACUUCAAGAAAUUCAAGUGGAGUCUUGUGAGAUCGACGAAAUAGUUGCUAGUGGGGAUGACACUCCAUGCUCCAAUACAACUCAAGAUCUUUUCCCAAAACUAACCUCUUUGGUGUUACAUGACAUACCACGACUCAAGAGCUUUUGUCCUAACUUACCCUCUUUGAAUUGGCCAUUAUUGGAGGAAUUACGAGUGACUCACUGUGACAAACUAAACAUGUUAUCCUUUGCGGCAUCCAUGAACAGUUGGGCUCAAAGAGAUGAUCAACAAGACCUUUCAGAUCAAGAAGCACACUCUUCAUUUGAGAGGGACUUUCCUAACUUUGAGAGACUUUUAUUAGUCAAUAACAAUAUUCAGAUGAUACAAGAUGGAAAUUUUCCUGAUGACAUCUUUAGCAAACCAAAAGCACUAACACUGGCAUGCUUUCAUGAUGAAAAGGCCGUCUUUCCUUCUAUAUUCCUCCUGGAGAGAUUUCAGAAUCUACAAAGCCUUGAGGUAUUCUGUAGCUCCUUUGAAGAUAUAUUCCCGGACGAAGGGCUUGUUGAAGAGGGGAAACAUCCGGUGCUUGAAAAUUUAAGAGAAAUUAAGUUAAACAAGCUACACAACCUAAAGCGUGUGUGGAGAGAAGACUCUUUAGUGUUGAAAAUUCUUCAGAGCAUCGAAACAUUUGAGAUUUGGGAUUGUCCUUGUUUGAUGACAAUAUUUCCAACCGUGGCAUCCUUCCAAAAUCUGACGCGAUUAGUGGUGAAGAAUUCAUUUGGAUUGUCGAGCUUGAAGUCCGAGGGGAUGAAUUGCAUUCAGCCAAGUGUCCUUGGUUUUGUAUGGAAAUUGAAUCUGAUCAGGUUUGUGAAGUUCAUGGCAGUUCCUACGCACAUUCAUCAGCAGAGUUUGGGAGGGACAGAAGUUCCAACUACUCAUCACAAGAUUUUCCAGGCUAAGAGAAACUGUGUUAGAGUUAAUGCUAGGAAAACUGUGUUACAGCUAACUCAUUCUCUUAGUGUUUCUUUGUCUCUAGAUCUCCUGGGUAAGCUGAGAGAGUCAGGCUUGUGA